AUGCCACACAAUGAUGAUAUUCCGCUUACUCUGAGCAAACACAUGAUUAAUUUUGACAAACCCGACUUAAUAGCUCCAAUAUUCACCGAAUUACACGACGAGAUAUAUGUGUAUAAUCCAACGGAUAUCGAAUAUGCUUUUCUUAUUGUGUUUCCAACGAAUCAAUGUAUAGGCGAAGCUAACCCCACACGGGCAGUCUUAUGUCCGAAGGGUGGUAUAACUCUCCAACUUUCCAUUAAAUUCAUAUGUGGCUCUCAUGAUUUCAGCCCCGUGUUAUUUCAUUGCAGUGAAGGUGAUGGCGUUGAUAAAGACCAUCCGAUGUAUACCACCAAACUCAACUUCUGUGUUAUUACAGAAGCUCCAUUGAUCUAUGAUAUCGCAACAAUAGAGCCUGUCGACCAUCUUAAGAACACCCUUUCCUCUGUUGUAUAUUCUGCUGCAAUCCACACUCGAAUGUUUAUAGUCAAACACUUCAAAAUCGAUUGGAAUGAGGACGCACGAGAGUUGCUUGCCAAAGCGGCAAUCACUCUUUCGGAAGAGAAGUGUGACGAGUUAGUUAAAGUCCUUGGAGUUGUUGUGUCUCCUGGGAAUGAGAGUUUUCUGAUUGAAUACGGACAGUAUGGUAACAUCUCAACGUGUUAUGGGAGAAAGAAACUUGAUGUGUGGUGGAUGAAACAAGCAUUUUUAGAUGUGUUAAAAGGAUUGGAAUACUUACACACAAACGCGCGAGUGCACGGAGAUAUCAAGCCACAGAACAUUAUCGUCUUUAGUAUGGAGGGAAAUGGGGUGUUGUGCAAACUGAGUGAUUACUGGAACAUUCGCGAGAUCACAGGAAUAGCUUCGGACGUCAUUAGUGACAAAGAAAUGAUCAACAUCGCUAUUUUUAAGGCACCCGAAGUUCUGAAAGGAAACGACCCAACACAGAAGAGCGAUAUUUACUCGAUGGGAAUGUGCCUCCUUGAAGUCUUCCAACAGCACGAAAUAUAUAAAGAUAAGCCUUUUGCAAACGGGUGGGACGCAGCAGUUAAGGUCGCAAAAGGAAAGAGACCAAACUUCGACGAGGGGUUCAACAAAAACGUGGAACAAAUAGUCAGGAUGUGUUGGAAGCAGGACGAAGACGAAAGACCAGAUGUGGGGAAAGUCAUCGAGUUAGUCAAAGAAAUCGAAGUCCCUUCAAAUGAAGAUUUUGAUACUGAUGACUAG